AUGGAACAUCAGUACCGAUCAUUCGGUGUCGAGUCAUCUAGCUUCCUGGAAGACCUAAACGACCCAGGAUCUUGCUCAUAUACAGUCCACCAAAACGUCCAGAGCAAUCCAAACUUCACCAAUAAUUUUCAGCAACAGGCACCAGGAUAUUACGGUUACGAGUCUAGAUUUAACAUUCCGCAACAGCAGCAGAUUCGUUAUGAUCCCAAAUUGUAUACAAGUGCCCCUUUAGGCUUUCCUAAUCCCGAAUAUCAAUAUGAUUGCAGUAACAAUCGACAACGAUUAGUCGCCCCAAGAUGUGGUUCCCCAUAUGACCGUCCGGAGUACACAUGGGACCAAAAUUCACCUUACACCUCACCGAAUUACAGUGUGCGACCAGGUGAUCCACGUUUUUCACGACCCCAUUCACGAACUUCUGAAGUACAUCCUCAAACUGUGAAUCAGUUUGCCUGCCGUGUUUCCACUAAUCAAACUCUUACAUCCAACUCAUCAAGUUGUGCUUCGAGUUAUUUAAAUGGAAGUAAGGACUCAGGUUUUCAUCAAGCCAUCCAGACUCAGUCUAGUAUUCAACCUCAUAGUUUACAAAAUGAUGCAACUGGAUCAUAUGUCAGCACUUUAGAUUGUAAGUCUCAAAAGGUCAGUUUAUACAAGGAGGAAUCAACUCGGAUUUGUGAUCGUUUGUCUCAACUGUAUCGUUUGUCAUCCACUUCCCCAACUGUUCAACAAGAAAUCAACUUUUUACAGGGGCAGUUGAGAACUUUAGAAUCGUCUGCCUUAGUAUCUGAAAAACAGUCUGUUCAACCGUUUUAUUCUUCUCAGAACUGUAGUGAUAAAACACUUCAGAACGUACCUCUCCCUGUUUCUCAAUCGGCCCCUAAUCCGUCCUCACCAUCAUCAUAUUCAAUCCAUCGAUAUUCUGUAGAUUUAAAACCAACUGGAACUAACUGUAGUACUUCCGAUCCGCGAGUUGUUUGCUGUCAGAAUGAUACAUUAAAAGUUUCACAGGAAAUUACUAGUACAAACGAUUGCACAACCCCGUCCAUUUCGUCCAGCUGUAUUUCUGUCGCGAAUACUUCCUACCCAUAUGUUGUCACACCCCAUUUACAGGAGGGCUCUCCGGUUGUGAGCGGCCAUCUGUCUGUCAAUACAGUUAAUAGUUACUCAACUGUUCAACCCACCUCAAACAACCAGACUACUCUGUCAAGCACUAUUUCAAAUUGUUUCAUAGACAGAAAUAUAUCUGGGUCCAGUUUACUGACUGUAUGUUCUCAGUCAGGUAAUGUGUGUGGUCCUUCACUUAUCAUAUCCCCAAGUAAUAAUAUAAACCCUUGCAUCACCUCUUCAUGUUUAUCAAGUUUUUGCCAGUCAGCUGGUGUAUCUAAUGGAUUUUUGGAAAAUUCCAUUAACCAGCAGAGUCGGGAAUCACUUGCACCUGCAAGCGCCGCAUUACCUCAGAAUAAUCUAAACCUUCAAAGUUCGUUAGUCGUUUCUAGAAAUCAACAGGUUAUUAAUGAUGCAAAAUCAAAUCCAAGAAAAAUUCCUGAGUCCUUAAGCUGUACUUCUAUAAACACUGAAUUGGACUACAGCAAAAUGAAUAUAUGCACUAGUCAAAGUAAUCUCAUAGGACCACUUAACUCCAGUUCAUUUACACUCAAUUCAGAUACAGUUCAGCAAUCGAUUCAUGGAUCUACAAUACAUUAUCGCCAAGCUGAAAAUUCUUCUGAUAUUUCUUAUAAUCCUCUGUGUAAAAAUAUAUCAGAAUCUUCUUGUGGGAGUGUUUCAUCUGUCACUUCUGGCAAUUUUUCUCAGGUAUAUCAAAGCUAUGGACAGUACGUUCCGUUUACACAAGAAAGCCGACUAAACAUGAAUACUGGGAGCUACUGGAACCCACAGUACCAGGGGACUUCGAGCGAAUUAAUUGGACAGCACUUACAACCUAUAGCACCAGCACCUGUACAUUCCAUCGUAGGACCCGGAACUCAAUGUAUUGAAAUGAAUAAAUUCAAUAGUCUAGGCUGCAGUGAUAUCUCUUACGCUUCUAUACUACCGAAGACUACAUCUACUGAAUCACAACCAGUGAAAAAGACUAGAGGACGUAAGCCUCGAAAUCACGAGAAUGAUACAGAUAAACAUCCGCGAAAACCAAGAAAGAGUCGGGAAGUUGGGGCUCCAACAAAUGAGGCGCAAUCUGACAACACUCCUGACAGACCUGUUUUUAUAGCCCCGCUAACAAAGCGUCCGCGUGGUCGUGCACCGAAAAAACCUAAAACAGAUGUUGAGAGUGUUAACAACAUCGACUCAAAUCCUUAUGCCACUGAAAGUAUUGAUGAAAAUAUCGAUGCCAGGGGUGACGAGUCUCUUUUAGAAUCCAGAAAGCGUCGGGCUUCUAUUCGUCCUGUUGAGGUUCGGAAAAAGCGAAAGUACAGAAAGUCACUUAAAUCCACAUCUAUGUUAGAGAAUGAUUCUUUGAAUAUUUCACAGUCUUCAGAAACAACAUCACCUAAUGAUGCCACACAGUUAUCUGAAACAAUAACGAAACAAGUUAAAGUCGUGCGAGCUCGACCUCGUCCAAAAAAAAGAAGACCUUUGCCUACGUUGAUCAAACGAAAAAGACGCUCAGCAUUUUAUGGAGAUGACUCAGGAUCCGAACCGGAUGUGUCAGGUCGCCUAGGAAGCCGUACUUCUGAAGUUCGAGUAGAAUCCGAGGGUGCUAAUAACUCAAGAAAUAAACGUCGUUCCGAACGAAAUACUGGCGAUCGUAAAAGUUAUACUGACGAUUUACAGCUUAACCUUAGUGAUGAUGAGAUCGAUGGUCAAGAUGGUGAAGUGAUUACGCUCAAUGAUUCUGCUGAUUUUGCCGAAGAUGUUGAUAACAAGAUUGUUGAGUCUGUACUUGGUCGACGAAUUACUAAGAGAUUGAUAAAAAAAAUUACUCAAACUGAGAUAAGAUCUACUGACGAUGUUAUUAGCAAAAAUAGUAAAGUUGACAUGCAAAGUUCAACAAAUAAUUCAGGGGAGAAGUCUCAAAUCACAGUUACAGAAGAAGAGGAAGAGGAAGAAGUUGAAGAAUUCUAUUUGAAAUAUAAAUCUUAUUCAUACCUUCAUUGUGAAUGGCGUGCUUUAGAUGAAAUCACUGAUCCGCGUAUUCUUCCGAAAAUAAGACGAUUUGAGAUGAAACAGGCCAAUUCGAUACGCACCGAAGAUGAUGAUGUCGUAUUGUUUAACCCAGAUUAUGUGGAAGUCGAACGCGUACUAGACGUUAAAGUUUAUAGUAAUGGUCAACUAGUACCUACGGAGAAGUUAGAACGUGAGUCUGGUAGAGAAAGCUUCAGUGGUGAUCCGGCGGAUUUAAAAAGGUAUAUUAGACGACACAAAGAGCGCAAUAAAGUCCGUAAUGUUCAUGAAACAAAAUGCAAAAUGAAAAGUGAGGCUCCAUCUGAGGAGUCGACUAUCAUGUUAACAAUGAAUACUUCGGAAACUGUUUCAGAAAAUCAUUCAACAACACCACUUACUGAAGAUUUUCUUGAAGCUGAUAACAACACAAAUUGUCCUCCUCCUAGUAGUUCCAAUGCAGGCGAUACAUCUUCACAUAUCUCUCAAACCACACUUGUUGAUUUAGAUAUAAAAUCUACAGACACUAUUUGUCCUAGCCCUGCUGAUCUAAUGUCGUCUCAUAAUGAUGAGAAAGAUAGGCUUAAUGACAUCAGCGAUGUAAAUACAUCGUCAGCAGCCAAGCAAUCUGAAAUAGAAAGCGUUCAAUUAGAAGCAACUUUACUAACAAAUAAAACUGGAAAAUAUGAUGAUAUCGAUGAUAAGGAUGAUAAUAAUGAUGAUGAUGAUGGCACCUGUUCACCUGUUAAUGUAACUUACUACCUGGUUAAAUGGCGUUCAUUAGCUUAUGAAGAUGCCACAUGGGAAUUAUCUCAGGAUGUUGACCCAACAAAAGUUAAAGAAUUCUACAAACGUCGUUACCCACCAAGGAAUCCUUUUAUUCCUAGGGAUAAUAAUUACAAGAUUAUUCGACCUGAUCCUUCUACUUGGAAACCGAUUGAUUCUAACACAAUUUAUAAAAACAAUAAUAAACUACGUGACUAUCAAGUUGAAGGGGUGAAUUGGCUUACAUUCUGUUGGUAUCAUCAUCGUAAUUGUAUACUUGCCGAUGAGAUGGGUUUAGGCAAAACAGUGCAAAGUGUUACAUUUCUUUUAGAAAUAUUUAAAGCUAAUGUCCAAGGUCCAUUUCUAAUUAUUGUUCCUUUAUCUACUGUUGGUAACUGGCAACGAGAAUUUGAAAAUUGGUCAGAUUUUAAUGUGAUUAUUUAUCAUGGAAGUUCUGUUAGUCGAAGUAUGAUUCAAGAAUAUGAAAUGUUCUAUCGUAAGCGUACAUCCGGUGCACCUAGACACGAUAUUUAUAAAUUUCAUGUGAUAGUUACAACUUUUGAAGUUCUUAUGAACGAUAUUGAAUUUUUUGGUCAAAUUCAUUGGGCAGCUGCUGUGAUAGAUGAAGCGCAUCGAUUAAAAAAUAAAAAGUGUAAACUUGGUGAAGGCUUGAGAUAUUUAGAUUUGGAUCACCGUGUUCUUCUUACUGGGACUCCAUUGCAAAACAAUGUAGAGGAGUUGUUUGGUUUAUUGAAUUUUUUGGAACCUGAAAAGUUCAAUUGUUCAGCCACUUUUGUUGCUGAGUAUGGUGAAUUGAAAACAGAAGAACAAGUUGAACGUUUAAAAACAGUGCUAAAACCUAUGAUGUUACGUCGGCUAAAAGAAGAUGUUGAAAAGAGUUUAGCUCCAAAAGAAGAAACUGUCGUUGAGGUGGAAUUGACUAAUAUACAGAAGAAAUACUAUCGCGCAAUCAUGGAACGUAAUUUUUCGUUUCUAUGCAAGGGUUCCAGCACAAAUGCACCUAAUUUAAUGAAUAUAAUGAUGGAGUUGAGAAAAUGCUGUAAUCAUCCAUUUUUAAUUAAAGGCGCUGAAGAUGCUAUACUCUCAGAAUUUCAGGCAAACGAUAAUGCUUUGAGCGAAGAUGAUCUGACCUUUCGAACAAUGGUCUAUGCCUCAGGAAAGCUUGUGUUAAUUCAUAAGUUGUUACCGAAAUUACGUGCUGAUGGUCACAAAGUCCUCAUAUUUUCUCAAAUGAUUCGUGUACUCGAUAUUCUUGAAGACUAUCUUGUUCACCAAGGGUUUCAAUUUGAACGUAUCGAUGGACGGAUUCAUGGACCAUUACGUCAAGAGGCAAUAGACAGAUUCAGUAUUGAUCCAGAUAAAUUUGUCUUUUUGUUGUGUACCAAAGCUGGUGGUUUGGGAAUUAAUUUAACUGCUGCCGAUGUGGUAAUUAUUUACGAUUCUGACUGGAAUCCUCAAAAUGAUCUUCAAGCCCAAGCACGUUGUCAUCGUAUUGGUCAACAAAAAAUGGUUAAAGUCUAUCGUUUAAUUACUCGUAAUACAUAUGAACGUGAAAUGUUUGAUCGAGCAUCUCUGAAACUAGGUCUAGAUCGAGCAGUUCUUCAGUCUAUGGGCAGUAAAGAAGCUAGACAAGCUCAAAUGACAAAAAAAGAAAUUGAAGAUCUUUUAAAGAAAGGUGCAUAUGGAGCAUUAAUGGAUGAUGAUAAAGCUGGUGAAGAUUUUUGUGAAGAAGAUAUUGACCAGAUACUUCAAUCAAGAGCACGUGUUGUUCAAUUAGAACAAGGAAAAGAGAACUCUACUUUUUCUAAAGCGACAUUUUCAAUGUCAGAUAACAGAAGCGACAUUGCAUUAGACGAUCCGAAUUUCUGGCAGAAAUGGGCUAAAAAAGCUGGAGUCGAUGAAACAGCACUAGCCAUGAAAGAUCUAAUAGUCCAAACUCCACGUCAACGCCGUCAAACGAAUCGUUAUUCUUCAAUGAUGGUUAAUGAACCUUCUAACAUUCCAAGUCCAGCUAGCUUUAACAUGUCUGAUUUCGAUGAUAAUGCAAACUCAAACAGUUCUGGUGAUGAAACGGUUAUUCAAUGUUCAUCAGGUCGAAUUCGAUCCCGUCGGAAUCGACGAGCUGCUCGCAAUUCACGAAAGUCAAUACCAACUCCAAACAUCAAGCAGGAAAAAUCCCUUGUUUCAAAAGAACCUGAUGGAUGCAUCGAAAGUAAUCAAAAUGUAAUUGAACCGCUUGAUCGAGCUGAUCUUUUUCGAGUUGAGCGUUGUUUACUCACAUGGUCCUGGGGUCAGUGGGAGCAAGCAAUUUCAUCUGUCACUUUUAAACGAACUAUGCUGCCAUCUGAAUUGGCAUAUUUUUCAUGUGCGUUAUUGGACUAUACUUUACAGUGUUUACCACCAAAUUCAGAUGUUCGCACACGUGCUAUCUGUGAAACUCUUGCUCGUCCUGGUACAUGGAAACUUGAUAUUCAUCAGGUGAAUACUGUUGUUUCAGAAGCCACCGCUAAAAUUAAAUGUAUGGCCCCUUCUAUAUCUCUUAAUAUCGAUGUUGAAAACUUUGAAGGUCAAACACCAAUGCUAGAACAAAAAGUGAACAGGAAAGAUGACAUGUCAUCUUCCGAGUUGUUAACUGAGAAUAAACGUUGUUUAGACUCUCCCAUUCCUAGUGAUUAUAAUGCGGUUGGCAGUCCAAUAGUAGAUGAUGUUUCAUCAACUGAUCCAUUAAAUACUGCAACAGUGAAACUAACUGCAGACGAUACAGAUAUUGUGCAUAAUAUGGUUAAAUGCAAUACCCAAUUGGAAUCAUGUGAACCAAUUGAAAGAAAUGAAAUUCCUGAGAAAGAUGAAGAUGAUAUUGAUGAUGAGAAUCCUAUCAAAAUAGAAGAAACCCAAAUAUCUCCUAGACUUGCGGCAUUCAAACCCGAACUUCUACUACCAUCUGAAAGUUUCAAAAAGCAUGUUCAAAGAGCUGGGGCUAGGCUUUUGAAUCGUGUCGCUCUUCUAUUCUUUUUACAAUGUGAUAUUAUUGGCAUAAAUCCUGCUCAAGAUUUGAUUUCGUCCAAAUUAAGUCACACUGAUUUCAAUGAGUUAGCAUCAAGUUUACCUCCGUUAGAAGCUCUCGAUUCAGAUUUACCUGCUCCAUGGUGGGAUGCCUGUUGUGACAAAUGUUUACUACUUGGUAUUAUGAAACAUGGAUGGGAAAAAUAUACAGCAAUUCGUUUAGACCCUAAGCUGUGCUUCCGUUCUCGUGCUGUUGAAAUUGUUCAAUCUCAAUCUCCAACUGUAUUAGAAGGUUUAAUGAAGAAUAAUCUUGGUGAAUCAGGGGUGGUUGCAAAAAGUCCGAACGUUGACUACGAGACUGAAGUGGAUUUAAUUAAAAUUGAUGAUACAACUGAAUAUUUAAACUCUCGAGCUAGAAAACUUGUUGGUUUUUUCCAACGCAUCAAAAGUCAACUAGAAUCUGAUUCAUCUCGACAUAUCCCUAAAGUUGAAGUUGAAGAGUCUGUAACAUGUUCACCUGUUGUAAAACUUUCAGAACCAAAAAUUUUAAAAUGGACGCGUAGAGAAGAAGCCGACUUCUAUCGUGUAGUAUCAAGCUUUGGUGUGGAAUUUACUGAAAUUCCCCCAACAACAGAUACUGAUGAAGUUUCGAAAUCAAACACUACUGAUGUUAUCGAUGAAGAGUCAAGGCCGUCAUCGAAACCACCAAUUCCAAGAAUAUAUAGUUGGAUUAAUUUCCGACAACUUGGUAAUCUAGGUCGGAAAUCUGACCAAGCGCUAGUUGAAUACUUUCAAGCUUUUUAUCGAAUGUGUCAACGCGUCUGCAAAAAAGAACUUACUGUCUUUGCAGAACCUGCUUCCACUAUCGCUACUACAACAACAUCGGGAUCAAGCGAUUUAGGCUGUGAACUUGUGAUUGAUCCUAUUUCUGAAGAGCGUGCUAGUCGUUGUUUGUCACGUAUAGAUUUGUUAGUACGUAUUCGGAAUAACAUUCUACAACAUCCUGAUUUGGAGGAAAGGCUUAAAUUAUGUCAAUCUAGUUCUGAUCUCCCAGGUUGGUGGAUACCUGGAAAGCACGACAAAGAAUUGUUGUUCGCCGCAGCAAAGCAUGGAUUAGCUCGUACUGAUCUAAAUAUUCUUCAAGAUUCGAACUCGAGUUUUGCACGAAUAGUUCAGUUAAUUCGUGACAAACUAGCUCAUGAUCCAGCUGUUACAGAUUAUCCAGGCGAUUUGAAUGCUAAUCAAUCAAGUAGAUCAAGUAUAGCUGCAGCUGCUGUGUCAGCAGCUCGUUCAGCUGCAGCUCAGCUAUUGAAAGAAGAAAGAGCAGAAGAACAAGAAAGUCCUGAUCUCUCUGAAAUACCGUCAUCUGAACUAAAUGUAGAAAAAGUUGAUGUAGCAGAUAAAUUAGAACACAAUCAAUUAGAAAAUUAUUCUCCGAUGAUUUCUACAAAUUGUCAAGAUCCUGUCACUAUUAAAGAUGACAAUGAAGCAGAUUCUGUUACUUCUGAAAUUGUUGUCACACAUGAUGUUACAACUCCAUUUGGUGUGAAUAACACUGAGAAUGAUCUAUCAUCAGAUAUGAAUCAUAUUGUCAAUGAAAAAAAUAAUGUCAAAGUCACUAUCAAGGAAGAUCAUUCAGUUGAUGGUGUGAACAGCACUGAUAUCAUUAAAGUCGGAUCUGACUCGACCGUUGCUGAAUGGUCUAUCAAAUUCGCUACUAAUCUGGCGAUCUCAUGGCCUAAAGACAGGACUAUUCAACAUCGCUUAGAACUCAUUUGUCAAACUGUUGAAACUAACGAAUGGCCGAAUCCUCGUCGUUUCAUUACACCAAUUACCACUGCAAUUUCAGUUUCAUCAUCUAUGGCAAAUUCCACUCGCUCACAUUCUGAGUCAAAAGUUACUGGUUUGAAUAGUGUAUUCCCUCAAAGUUAUCGAAGUUCAUCGUCAUUAUCCCGUGACAGUUAUUCCUUGUCAUCUAGUAAUUCUAGAAGAAUUCCAAUGAAUGCCUCUCAUGUUUCAUUACCUCGAAAACAGUAUGGUCUACCCGUUUUUUCUUCUGAAAUGACCUCUAAUUCACUUGAUUCAACAUGUGACCUGAAGUUAUCCAAUUUAACAGAUAUAUCAUCUGUGGUUACGAAUAAUGAGUUUGACGAUUCACCACAAUUCGAUUUCUCUAUGAGUGAGAGGCAUAUUAAUUCAUCACACUGUAAGUCAGCGUCCUUGCAAUCCUAUUCUACUGAGACACAGUCGGCAGCCGCCAUACCGACGGAUCCUGAUGAGAAUAUUUCUACGUCUGCCAACAUUCCAUUAAAUCUAAAUGACACUCAGUUACCCUUUAUUUCUAAUCCCACGAACGAGAAUACUUUGGUUGAUCGAAACCGUGGUCGAAUUCGCAAUCGAAGUAAUCGAUCUAAUUCACUUGGCAAAAAUUUGUUUACUAGUCGUGAUAAAUGUCAAACCAAUUCUGAUUCUGAUCAAGAAACCUUAUCAUUUCGUGAUACAACUUCAAAUUCAGAACACUUUUCACAAAGUUCCAAAUCGUUGUCGAUUUCUGCCAGUAAUCCAGUAUCUGAUGACAAUGACUUUUCAAUGCCACCACCCAGUAUGACAUCUGCACCACGCUCUAUUUCUGGAACGAAUAAUCGUGGACGUAAACGAAAAAGUGAUACUUCUAAACUUCCAUCGGAUUCAAAUUCAACAUUUACAAAAGUUCCUUACAGUUCUAAACGUGAACGUCUCAGUUCAUCUAAAAUUGAGUCGAACAAUAAUGAUUUACAGAAAGCUUCUCAGAAUGUUAGUUCUGACAUUUGGGAUGUACGUGUCCCAGUAAUUAGUUUAGUUGAUGGUUCUUUAAUUUAUGGUGAUAAAGCUCCUGAACGAAGAUCACUAGAAUCUUGGUUGGAUGCAAAUCCAAAUUAUAUGCCAUAUUCAGUAGAGGUGGAGGAUCGUGCAAUCUAUAAUCGUGUUGCAAGUGCUAGGGGUCAAGAUACCAGUAAUAUGGAGGCAUUAGCCUAUAAACAUUAUCUAAAUAGUUUACUGGCUAGUGCAGCAACCAGCAGUGGUGUCGGCAAUAACAAUGUAACAACAUCCAAUUCUCCAUCGUCUGUUGUUGCCUCGCAGGUUAAUAGUUUCAAUACACAACAAUAUUUACAACAACAACAGUUAUUAAAUACAUUUGGCGCCUAUGCUCGUCAUCCAGCAUACGCUAAUUUGAUCGCUUCUGCUUUAAGUAAUUGGCAGUCCAUUUCCUCCGCACCAUCAUCAUCCACUGCUACCUCUGGUACUGGAGUUGUCUCUGAUACUACCACUUCUAAAUCACGAGUUCCCGUCUCCACGAGCUGUGCACCGUCAACAUCUCGUUCUUCGAAAUCCCGUUCCACUGGAAAUCGUUCGGAAAGUUCUAGUCGCCGACGUGAUUCUGUCGAAGUGACAGAUACCCCCCUCAAUUGUCAAGCAUAUCCAUUUGUUCCCGAGAGGAAUUCCGGUGGUGGUACUCCAACAAUACAAGAUCCAUUCCAAUUAAACACUGGUAACCAACGGAUGGAUUCAAUGUUAAAUGCUGUAUAUCAGCAGGCUGCUGCAAUGAAUCUGGCUUAUAUGUGCAAUCCUGUAACUGCAGCAGCUCUAUAUAGUCAACUUAUGUUAGCAUGUUCUGGGUCAGUCAUUCCACCUGAUAUCGGAUCAUCUAAUGUUAAUUUGACAUCUAACACUUUUGCUUCACAACAAGCCACUCUGGCUUCUUUGUAUGCCAACUACUUGUUGUCAGCUAAACAAAUGCAACAAAGACAAGCGACCCAAACAACUAAUCACUGGGAUUCUCAACAACUCCUCGCAUCUUUAGCUUCAACUUUGAUGUCUGCUUGUGGAAAUUCCGGAGAAAUAGAUACUACAGCUCUUUUGUCAAUGUUUAGUGGAGCGGCAAAUUCUUCACUUGGAAUCGGAACAACGUCUACUCCUGUUAAACAUUCAAGCUCUCAACAACAAUCAUGCACUCAACCAGAUAAUAGAAUUCAUCCACUCCCAACAUCUCCUACCCCUGCUUCUGAAAUAGCUAGCUCUGUUUGUUCAGAGCGAGAAACUCAGGAUUCCGGAGAUACCAGACAAACUGUAUCUUGUAGACAUGCUGAUCAAUCUCAGGAUAAAUAUGAUAGUACGAAAGAGUAUGAAGAGAGUCAAGCUAUUUUAGAUCUCAGUAAAUAAUGAUUUUACUUUUUUCUCCAGGC